CGCAGCCAUGUCAACUACUCCGCCGCCGACAGACUGCUGCUGCUGCUGUGGGCAAAUGUGGAGCGAUAACGACAACACGCCGGGCCACAGCGGGCGAAGACACGCCGCCGUCACGGAAAGACACACCGCACAGUAACUGGCUCGCGAUAGUGGGACGUCAAUGUUCCCUACAAAGGAGAUUCUGCAUGUGAGACAACCUGUGCGUCCUGGAAAUCAGGUUUACGUGCAUUGGCCGUGAAUUAGACGUUUUUCGCUCAACGGAAGUUUCCCUGACCGAUAUUUUUUUUGGGGGGGAUUUCGAUUUAUCGGUUGCCGGCAUGGACGAGGACAACCAAGUACCUGAGGACCUGUCGCUGGAGGAAAGAGAUGAGCUGUCGAACAUACGACGAAGGAAAAAAGAGCUUCUGGAUGAUAUUGAACGGCUGAAGUUUGAGAUUGCAGAGGUAAUGACUGAGAUUGAGCAGCUAACCUGUGUGGGGGAGAGCAAAACCACACAAAGAAACAAACAGAUCGCCAUGGGGAGGAAGAAGUUCAACAUGGACCCUAAAAAGGGGAUCCAGUUUCUUUUGGAGAAUGAUCUUCUACAAAACACCCCAGAAGACAUUGCACAGUUCCUUUACAAAGGCGAGGGGCUUAACAAAACAGUCAUUGGGGACUACUUGGGAGAACGGGAUGACUUCAACAUCAAGGUUCUCCAGGCGUUUGUGGAGCUCCAUGAGUUUGCAGACCUCAACCUUGUUCAAGCUUUAAGGCAGUUUCUGUGGAGCUUCAGACUUCCUGGCGAAGCCCAGAAGAUUGAUCGUAUGAUGGAGGCAUUUGCCUCCAGGUACUGCCAAUGCAAUCCUGGCGUCUUUCAGUCCACAGACACCUGCUAUGUCCUGUCAUUUGCCAUAAUUAUGCUGAACACCAGCCUGCACAAUCCCAAUGUCAGGGACAAGCCCCCUGUGGAGCGCUUCAUCUCCAUGAACAGAGGGAUCAAUGAGGGGGGAGACCUCCCAGAGGAGCUACUCAGGAAUCUAUACGACAGCAUCAAGAGUGAACCCUUUAAGAUCCCAGAGGAUGAUGGGAAUGACCUGACGCACACGUUCUUCAAUCCAGACAGAGAGGGCUGGCUGCUCAAAUUAGGCGGCCGAGUCAAAACCUGGAAGAGAAGGUGGUUCAUUCUGACGGACAACUGCCUCUACUACUUUGAAUACACAACAGAUAAGGAGCCCCGUGGGAUCAUCCCACUGGAGAAUCUCAGCAUCAGGGAGGUGGAGGAGCCCAGGAAACCUAACUGUUUUGAGCUCUACAACCCCAAUCACAAGGGCCAGGUGAUUAAAGCCUGCAAGACGGAGGCGGAUGGACGUGUUGUUGAGGGAAACCAUGUUGUGUACAGGAUAUCAGCCCCCACGCCAGAGGAGAAGGAAGAGUGGAUUAAAUCAAUCAAGGCCAGCAUUAGCAGAGACCCCUUCUACGACAUGCUGGCCACCAGGAAGAGACGCGUCGCAAACAAGAAGUGAAGACGGACAAUCUUCAUCCUUCAAACUCCGCCCCCCCCUCCUUCCCCCCCAUCGUUCUCUCCCUUCAGUCCAUGAACACAUAACUCAAAAGCUGGCUCGCCACAGAAAUGACUGUCAAGAGAAGCCUUUGACCCUGAAGACAAACCUCGGGUUUUCCUGCUGGACGGUCCACAGGUCUGUGCAUUUGUAGGGGAGACAUCACACACUACUGAGGAGACAGUAGCGCUUCAGGAAACUCUUGCAAAAAACUUGCAUGGAGCAGCAAAUGAACACACAACUCAUCCGUUUUCUCCCCUACCUCCCUCUCUUUGUCUUUCUAGGUUUUGAUAAAGCACAACUGCCAUUUUAGUCCUUUGUGUGUGUGUGUGUGUGUGUGUGUGUGUGUGUAUAUCAGUGCACACCUAAGUGGGUGUCUAAGUUGAGUGUUGUCCCUCCAUGUUGCUUUUUCAGGAAGAAGUUGUACUAAUUCAGAAUCGAGUUCAGAUUCAGUCACAUGGGGCACGAAACAAGGUGAAUGUGGGGGGGAGGGGGAGGGGGAGAGAGGAAAAGGGGCAGACGGACAGAAAGAAGAAGGGUUUUAGAGUGUGGUGGUUGAUUCUGUGCCAUAGAGCCUCACCUGUCGUCAUCUCACUGUGGUGCUGAAUUAUUCUCUCCAGGUGCGGCGUGGCUGAAGCCCUGCUCAGAGAAACCUCAGAAAACAACAGUGCUGACUUUUCAUUCGUUCCUUGCAGUCUGCAGUCAGCUGGGCUGAUGUCUUUUAUUUUAUGUGAAUCUGAGAUUUGUGAGAUGUGCAUACUUUUUAUUUUUUAUUUUUAGUUAAAUAGUAAAGGUGCAGUUGCCAAGGCAUGAGAUGAAAUUUACUUUAUGGACGUUGAACUUCUCUUUUUUGGUUUAGGAUCUUUAUUUAACUGUUCACUGUAGCUGGUCCUUCUUGUUCCAUUAUGCCCAUAGAUAUGCUAAAAAUUAUAAGCUUUUAUUAACUGAUCUCUGUCAGCCCAUGCAAGACAUAUCCUAUGUCUUCAUCACAUUGUGCAGCUUUUGCCUGUUAAACACUCGGAUGCGAUUACACGGAAAUGUUGGAUUUAUAUUGGCAGUUAUUUUACAGGUAAAAUUAAAAAAAAAACAGUUACGGUUCGGCCAGAUUGGAUUUCCUCUCUAUUAAAUUAUGAGCAAAUCACAAACAAUAACGUUGAAAGACGGCAACAUUACAUUUUUGUAGCCUGAUGCAUGUGAUGUUGUAGAAACACACUAGAAUGAUCACAUUCGCUGAUUGAGCAGAUUCAGCUUCAUUGAACUCAGAGGUGGAAAGUGUACUGAAAUAUUCUAGUAAAGUAAAAGUACCACUGUUAUGAUAAUAUUUUACUUAAGUAAAUGUAAAUGUUCCUGCAAAAUAAAAUAUGUAUGAGUCAAAAUGGGCCAAAGGUCACUCAGGGACCUUCAUUUUAAAAUUGACUUCAUUUUAAAAAAGUACAAGUACACAAAAAAAAAACUACUCAAUUACAGUAACGCGAGUAAAUGUAAUUCAUUACUUUCCACCUCUUUUUUUUUUUCCAUAAAAGUGAAACCAGGUGAAAAUUCUUAGGACAUCGGAGCAAUGUGACCAUACUUGAUACCUGAUUAGAAAUAUCAUACGUUUCCUUAUGAUAUUUCUAAUUGGGUCCUAAAAAUAAAUCCCAAUUUAAUUAAAUUAAAUAAAUUCAAAGGAUUGUUACAUAUCACUCUCAUUGUUAGUGCAGGUAAGUUGUGUUCAUGGCUGUGCAAUGGCCCUGAAGGUUACCAGUCUGAUUAAGCUUCUUUUUUUUUUUAUUAUUGUUCUCCUCUAUUAUCUAUGGCCGGUGUCAGUGAAGGUUCCAUAUAUUAUUGUGAUCCCGUUUGUAAUCCUAAAGAUACUUACUUGCUUGCUUUUGUGUUCUUAAGAAGAAGAAGAAAAAACCCAGAAUAACCAAUUAUCAUUUUGUAUUUAUUUGUGAAAUGGUUCAGUACCUGUAAAUGUUAAACAACCUAUGUUUAAGUUAUGUAUGUGUAUAUAAUGUAUAGGGUUUUUUGGUCUCUUUGUUGUAGUAUGCACACUCUUGAGUAACACAUUUGCAUCAGCUGAAGUUUGGGGUCUUCUUUACAAAAAGCCUUAAACAUAAUCAUAAGUAAUCAUAAAUAAUAUAUAUAUAUAUAUGUGUAUAUAUAUAUAUACGUAUAUAUAUAUAUAUACAUAUAUAUGUGUGUAUAUAUAUAUAUACAUAUAUGUAUAUAAACACUCAUAAUGAUUAGAAAAUAUUUGUCUAAUGUGAUGAUGCUGUUAAAAAGCCAUGAUUUUAUGAGUGAGAAAGACGGUUGUAUUUAUGAUGAUGAUGAUUGAAGUUUACAGUGAAAAUGAAGUUUGAAUCUAGUAAAGUGAUAUGAUUGAUUAUGAUGUCAACAACUAUGAACACAAUAGUUUUCUAUGUGAUUGUAAAAUAAAAGAAAAUGAUCUUUUA